AUGCGGCGCAAAGAUCAUACUGAUAGCCAGUCGCCGAGCGCAGCUAGCCCUGUGAGUGUCACGAAAUCCGUCUCAGGCGUAUUGCAGGGGCCAGCCAAACAACCUCUUGUAUCGGUGGUGAUGCCUGUUUUCAACGUAGCGCCGUAUCUGGAUGCAAGUAUUAUGUCGGUGCUGAAUCAGAGCUAUGAGAAUAUAGAGCUGAUUAUUGUAAACGAUGCAUCAACGGAUAAUAGUAUAAACAUAAUUAGAAUGUAUGAAGACCAAGAUGAUCGAAUUAAAGUGAUCAACUUGGAAUUUAAUACGCUGGGUGGCGCUGGCAUUCCCAGUAAUGUGGGCAUUGAUGCCGCUUUAGGGGAGUACAUCGCAUUUGCGGAUAGUGAUGAUAUUCUUGACCGGCUUGCCAUUGAGAAAAUGGUUGAAACGGCGCUGGCGCAAUCCGCCGAGAUCGCAUUUAAUCCCGUGGAUGUGCCCGGUGUCUUUGAUGUUUCUCCGGUGCCCUGGAGGAAGCUGUACAAACAGUCUUUCUUGAACGAACAUAACAUCCGCUACCCGGAAGGCGAUUAUUUUUACGAAGAUAACCCCCUUCACUGGAUGGUGCUCUCGCAAGCAUCGUCCGUUGUCAUGCUAGACUAUGUAGUUGCUCUCCAUCGUAUGGAGCGUGUUGGGCAAACGAUGGGUUCCGACAAUUACAAAAUGUCCGCCAUGUUCUGCCAUAUGAACACAGUGAAAAAGUAUUUUGUUCAGCAAGGCAAUGUGGCACCCGAUAUAUGGAAACAAUUAGUCAACAAGUCAGCGAAUUACGACUGGGUAUUAACUGCCUCGGGCCAAACGGCUGCUCAGAUCGGAAAGUCUCGUUUCGAUAUAGCUAAAAAAAUAAAAGAGUAUAAUGGAGCAAGAAAAGAUAUUGAUCUUACCAUCAUCAUACCCAUAUAUGAGUGCGAAGAUCUUAUCGAUCAAACGCUCAGAAGCUUACUAGGCAUCACGGGCAUCUCAUACGAGGUGCUAAUGAUGGACGAUGGCUCUACGGAUAAGUCGUUUGAAAUUUGUCAAGAUUACGCUGAAAAAUACUCAAAUUUCCUCCUCUUCUCGCAGAAAAAUAAAGGGGCAGGGGUGGCGCGAAACGCGCUAAUUCCAUUGGCGACAGGUAAAUAUACUUACUUUUUGGACUCGGAUGACACUAUUAAUAUAGAUGCUCUGGCCGAUAGUGUGAAGUUCGGUAUCAAGGGGAGCAUGAUCUAG